CAAAUUGAAAGGUGUGGAUUCAUCAAGUGCGAGUUCUAUGUCUGGAGAAAAAGCAGUCUAUGUAAAGAACAUGUAAGGCUGAGAGAAACUUUGGGAGACAAUCAUUGAUGGCAGCUAACAUUAUAAGUAGAUUGUGUUCCUUGAACCGCCCACCUUGCCAUCCCGCGAUCCGCAUUUACCGUAAAGAGCUGUCUGGUCCGGAUCCAUCCAGCCAAAUAGACCCGAAGAAAUUCAUAGAGUUCGAUCUCUUCCAAAGGCUUGUGCUUUGUUUAAACCAAGAAUUAUACAAACCCUUGCUAUGCUCAGGACAAUAUAAUACAGCCUCCUGCCCUCGUGAGAGAAGCAAAAACAAAAACAUACAACAGCCGGGAUUUGCUGGUGGUCACCCACUCAACUACUAACCGGCCGGCGUGUGGCUUGUGUGCGAAUCUGUUUUCAACUUGCACUGUAUUCAAAUGAUAAGAGUAGCUGGGAUUUCAGAUGGAACUAGCGCUUACUGAAAGUAAGUUAAUCCGGACCCCCCUGGUGC